GGUGUCUCAAGUAACAAGGCUGGAGGCUCACGACUGUGACUCCACAUUCCAGAUGGAAACACAGCCACACGGAAAGCUGCAGGGAUACAAGCUCGGAGAAGCUGCGGAUCAGAGAAAAGUCAGAGGCAGCACAGGCUUUAUUCAUGCACCGUCCAGUAACUGGAGAUUUGACACACAGAGAUCCAUCGAUAACAACAUAGACUAUUUGAUCUGAGACUCCUUUCCUGCUGGGUUUAUGUCUCUGUUCUGCCUGAACUAUGACAGAGGAACCAAACGCAGAAGUUCAGCAGCCUUCAGUCUCUGGGUCUAGGCAACAUUUUUUAAGAGAUGUCAUCUUUCAUGGAAAGUUUAGGGCCCUCAGUCCGGAGGAAAGCACCAGCUGCUAUCAUGGGCUUUUUUUCCAGGAUGGUCAGCGGCGCGUUGACUACGUUCUCACUUAUCCUCUGAGGAAGUCAGGUGGAGGCCGUUCUAGUCGACAGUCAGACCACAGUCUGACGGAGAAUCCUGUCUCCGGCAACCCAAGUCCCAACAAGCCGGUCCAAGCCGGAUCCACGGUGGCUGAUGUGGAAAUGGGCGUUCUGGGAGAGACGUUUAACAGCCACGAGGAUCACAAAGCCUUCAGGAGGGAGGAGUUUGAGAAAAACCUGAAAGACAUGGGGCUGGAGCUGGAAAAAGACGAGGAAGCAAUGAUUCCCGGUCUAGGCUUCGUAAAGAUUCACGCGCCGUGGAGCGUUCUCUGUCGAGAGGCUGAAUUAAUGAAGCUAAAGAUGCCCACCAAGAAGGUCUAUGAGGUCAAACAAUCAAGCAGCGUUGUGAAGAAAAUCAGCUCCCUGGUCAAUAAAGCUCUGGAGCCGUUGCGUCCUAAUGUUGAGGAACAUCAUUCCAAGAACAUCAAGCACCUGUCCCACUCAUUCUCCAGGGAGAAGCAGCACCUGUUUGACCUCUCAGACAAAGAUAACUUCUUUGACAGCAAAACCAGGAGUUCCAUAGUGUAUGAAAUAUUAAAACGAACCAAAUUCAAGGCUAACUACAGCAUGGGAAUCACCAGUCUCCUUGGUAGUGGGAUUUAUACAGCAGCCUAUCCUCUUCAUGAUGGAGCUAUUGAGGAGGAAAGUGCUGAACCUAACGACAGAAAGCUUUUGUAUGAAGAGUGGGCAAACUACAGUGUCUUCUAUAAGUACCAGCCCAUUGGACUUGUUCGAAAAUAUUUUGGGGAGAAGAUCGGCCUGUACUUUGCAUGGCUGGGCCUCUACACCCAGAUGCUCAUUCCUGCCUCACUCGUUGGGGUCAUUGUCUUUCUCUAUGGAUGUGCAACAGUUGACGACAACAUCCCAAGGUAA